GAAAACAUUGACAUUUCCGAGUAUAUGUACGAACCAAAGCACAUGUCACGUUCAAAACACUUGCCUAGAAUAGCUGUUGCUAUGAGAAUAUACCUGACCUUAUCGUGCAAUCAGUGAAUCUCCGAGAAACAUCAAUCUGCUGUGCACGCUAUAAAUACGGACCACCCGGAUGUUUCCGUCGACGAUCAUCUGCUUACUACUGUUCAUCAUCGGCGCUGUUGUAGCCGAAUGUCCUGAUGGCUAUGAGGUAGUCGGGCGCAAGUGCAUCCACCGUUCCACUGGUGGAUAUCUGACGCACGACAACGCGGUCACUUACUGCUACCAGCACUUCGGCAGGCUGCCUGUGCUUAAAGACUGUGCCUCCUUCAUUGAUGUCGCCACCUAUGUUAACGAUGGAUACUCAUCUGACUACGCCAACGGCUAUUGGUUAGGGGCGACCAACUUGUCGGCUAACAACGUCUGGCAGUGGAGUGACGGAGCGGCCCUGCAAAUGGGCGCUCCGUACUGGGCCACCGUGAGUCAAUGUCAAUCCAUGUGUUAUCUGUACAUGGCACUACAGAGUUGCUAUGAGGUAGUUUGGAUAUAUGACGAGAUAUAUGACUAGAGGCAAUUUGUUUGAACUAUAUAAUAUCAAAAACUCUAUUAUAAUGUUAAAGUGACCUGGAAUGAACUGAAAACAGAAGGUGAAGCUCUGAGCAUCUCUUACAAAAAAGUCAAUCUUAAUUCUCCUACUAGAAAUACAAUUGAAAUACCUAGUUUUUCGAUCA